GAAAGGGGGCAGAGAUAGGUAGUGAGGGCGUGGAAAGACCGGGAAGCCGAAUUGCCCUCAUCCAAGAUGGCGCCAGAGCCGCGUGCCCGGUUCCUCCGGGUGGUGCGCGCGUGCUCAGCCUGCAGUCUCGGGCACUGCGCUCGGGGGCGGGGCUACCCCUGGAGGGAGGGGGCACGUGCUGUGCAGCCAGGCCUUAAAUCACUCGCGCUGCCACCACCUCGACCGCCACCACCUCCCCUGCAUUGCUGCCACUUCAGUACCGUGAAAAGAAGGAUGGAACCUGUGACCGUAUCUUCUGAGAUCGGGGAUAGACCCGAAGCCCCGGCUGGCUCGGGCCUCUCGGCUUCCCAGCGUCGGGCAGAGCUGAGGCGGAGAAAGCUGCUCAUGAACUCGGAGCAACGCAUCAACAGGAUCAUGGGCUUUCACAGGCCCGGGAGCGGCGCGGAAGAUGAAAGUCAAGCAAAAACGAAGCAGCAAGACAGUGAUAAAUUGAACUCUGUCAGCAUUCCUUCAGUUUCAAAACGAGUAGUGCUGGGUGAUUCAGUCAGUACAGGAGCAACAGACCCACAGGUCGAUGUGGCAGACGUAAAGGGGACCCAGCUGGGAGACAAAUUGGACUCUUUAAUGAAACCACCGGAGUGCAGUACUGAUGUCAACCUUGAGCUCCGGCAGCGGAACAGAGGGGACCUGACAGCGGACACUGUCCAGGGGGGGUCUCACCAUGGCCUAGAACAAUACCUUUCCAGAUUUGAAGAAGCAAUGAAGCUACGGAACCAGCUGAUCAGUGAAAAACCCCAUCGUGAGGAUGGAAGUAGAACAGAGGAAUUUGACUCUUUUCGAAUAUUUAGAUUGGUGGGAUGUGCUCUUCUUGCUCUUGGUGUCAGAGCUUUUGUUUGCAAAUAUUUGUCCAUAUUUGCUCCAUUUCUUACUUUACAACUUGCGUACAUGGGACUAUGCAAAUAUUUCCCCAAGGGUGAAAAGAAGAUAAAGACAACAGUGCUAACUGCUGCUCUUCUACUGUCCGGAAUUCCUGCUGAAGUGAUCAAUCGAUCAAUGGAUACUUACAGUAAAAUGGGAGAAGUCUUCACGGAUCUUUGUGUCUACUUUUUCACUUUUAUCUUUUGUCAUGAACUCCUUGAUUAUUGGGGCUCUGAAGUGCCAUGAAGCAUGCGGACUCAGCAGGGGGAGCUUAAAAAAACCAACUUCUUCUGUAUUGCAUUGUCUCUAAAGGAGGCCAGUUGGUUCACAUCUUUGUGUAUUUCUUUUACUUUAUAGAGGUUGUAAAACCACUUUUCUAGGAAUAGAAUGACAGGUUCCCUAGUUUAAAGGGUUGAGUUUGUAUUAGUACUGCUCUGAAGAACAGAGUACCAAUGUCAUUAAUGACUUUCGUUGUUUCAUUAGACUCCCUACUCUAUAUCUUUCCUCUAACUUCUCAGAUUUGUAAUUACUCUCUUGGAGGCUGAGCUAGUGAUUUUAAAAGACCAGAUAAAUAUGGUCUUAACUAUCCCUAUGGAUGGCUUCUUGUAUUUGUGUCAUUCUGUCCUGAGAAAUGAAGCCAUCUUAAUAAAAUGAAA